CAAUAUGCUCCGGGGGGCUGGUAAAACCUUUCUUUUGGUCAAGUCCAGCGAUGUCCUGGUUAAAAACUGGUUUAAAAACAGUCCGAAUACCAAUGGUUGUGUGUAUAAUUAUGUCAAAAUUUUAAACAGAAAUUGGCGCCCUUAUUCUUUCGCUUUAAAUGGUCUACAGGAUAACAGAUGCCUCGAGUCAAAGCAUGGGACACGACUACAUGUUGAUGCCGAUAAAAAAGCUAGGAUUAUGGCAUUGAUAAAACGUAUCAGAUCUUUCCAGGGCCUAAUUAAUGAGCGGAAAAAGGAUCGUCUCACGGAAAAGUCAAAAAUUGUACUUGAAAACCUUUUAAUAGUCCUGAAUGAUAUGGAAAAGGCCCUCCGAGAGUUAAGGCAGCUCUUAUAAAUUUUAAUUUCUCUUUCUGUUUUUAUUAUUUCAAUAUUAUAAAUCUUAUCUACAUGAAA